CCUGGCUGUGGUCCCCCUGUCCCCGCCAGCGCCCGCCAGGCGACGCGAGCUCCGGUACCAGAUCCCAGAGCCGCCCGGCCAGGUCCCCGCCCCGGAGCGUGACCGCGACAGGCGAGUCCCCGAGGCCUGGGAGGAGCCCCGGGCCGUUCUCUGCCCCCAGGUUGAAUAUGUUUCAGGAAAGGUUUUUUUCACUACCUGUUCUGAUUUGAAUAUGCUGAAGAAAUUAAAAUCUGCUGAAAGAUUAUUUUUGCUGAUUAAAAAGCUGUUUCCAUUUACUGCUUCUUCAAGUAAAGGAAAAAUACUUAAUGAAGUACAACAACUUGUAAACAAUGAUCCUAGAAGUUGGUUGGAUGCCAUUUCAACUUGGAAGAAUCUUCUUAAACUUGGUGUAAGAGAAGAACUUUCUCAGAGGGAUGCUAAACCACCAAAAAGAAAAAUGAGAGAAAAUGAAACCAUCAUUGCUAAGAAAUUAAAAACAGAAGAAAUCCAAAAGAUUGAAGAGAAUCAUAGGGAAUGCCAGCUGGAAGAACAAACAGAAGAUACACUGGAGCAAAGAGAUUCUACCACUAGAAGAGAUAAACUUGAAAAAGAAGAAAUUCAGAAGGAGGUAGAGAAAGCAGCUGGUGCUCAUAGCCAGGAAGACUUAACCUUCAGGGUUUCUUGUCGCUGCACUGGAACCAUUGGAAAGGUCUUUACUUCACAGGAAGUAGGAAGAAUAAUUGGGAUUGCUCUUAUGAAGCAGUUUGGAUGGAAAGCAGAUUUGAGGAAUCCAAAUUUAGAGAUCUUUGUACAUUUAAAUGACAUUUACACUGUGGCAGGGAUUCCUAUGUUCAGGGCUCCUUUAGCCAGCAGAACCUACAUUAAGACAGCUGGGCUGCGGUCUACCAUUGCAUGGGCAAUGGCAUCUCUUGCAGAAAUUAAGGUUGGUACAUUUGUUUUAGAUCCAAUGUGUGGACUUGGAACAAUACUUUUGGAAGCUGCUAAAGAAUGGCCAGAUGGGUAUUACGUGGGUGCUGAUGUCAGUGACUCACAGUUGCUUGGUGCCUGGGACAAUCUGAAAGCUGCAGGCCUUAAUGAUAAAAUUGAGUUGCUUAAAGUCUCUGCCAUAGAAUUGCCACUGCCUUCAGAAAGUAUUGAUAUUAUUAUUUCUGACAUUCCAUUUGGGAAAAAGUUUAAGUUAGGAAAAGACAUCAAAACCAUUCUACAAGAAAUGGAAAGAGUGCUGCAUGUUGGUGGAACCAUUGUAUUGUUGCUGAGCAAAGAUCAUCACAGGCUCCUUAAAGAUUGUGGAGGGAGCCACAUGCCUUUGGAUUCCAAGGGCACCCAUGCCAAUGAACCUGGAAUUAAGAAGUGCUUGAAUCCUGAAGAAAAAACUGACACAUCAGAGAGAGUGACAUCUUCGUAUGAAGCUGGUAACCGGGAGUGUUCAGACAAAAUGUUGCCAUUUGGCUCUUUGGUGCCAGUAGAAUGCUACGAAGUUAGCCUGGGAAAAACAAAUGCAUUCAUAUGUAAAUAUAAGAAGUCAUCAGCUUCUGGACCAUAGUGGACUUGCUGCCCUAAGCAAGUGCAACUGCUCAGAAGUCAGCUGUGCAGGAACCCUGUCAGCUGCAGGAUUCAUUAGGGCACCAGAGUUCCAAAGCAUCAUUCUCCUGAAGACAAGACGUGCUGAUUGACACGCCGCUUAGUACUGUACUCUAAAGUGCUUAGUAUUCAUGAGAAAGAACAGCUGAUGAGUACUUUGAAAGGACUCUGAAGUUCUGUCAGACUGUGGAAAGACCAGUUCCGCCAUGCACUGUAUCUGAGCAGAAACUCCAGCUUCCAAGUAAAAGCGUCCAGGGGUUCCAGGGUUCACCUGAGUGGAUGAUAGGUAUUUUACCUAUCAUAUUUUUAGAAAUGUGGAAAUCUUUAUAUGUAACUUCUUUUGAUAUUAAACUUGAUUUUGUGAACCUAUCAUUUUCUUCUCCAUUAAAAUGAAAAUAAUUUUUAUUUGAAAGUCAUUUUAUAUGACAUGUUAUAUAAAACAUCAGUGGGAAUAAUAACAGUAUGAAUAAAACCAGUAUCUUUCAGCA